AUGUCAGCUAACGAUUUCUACUCAUCAGGUAAUCAAGGUGAAUACACCCCACAAGGAGGUAACAACAACAGCAGCCAAGACAACCGUUCCGGAGGAAAUGGUGAACAACAAGACAGAGGGUUUCUCGGUGGUGUUACUGGAAGUGUUCUUGGAGGAAUUGCUGGAGAUAAAGCUGGAGGUCAAAACCAUGGUAAAUUAGGUACUGUAUUGGGAGUCAUUGGUGGUGCUAUUGGUGGAAGUAAAUUGCAAGAUGAAUAUAAGGAACACAAGGAUGAAAAGAAGCAUGGUGGAUCACAUGAAAGUUAUUCUGCUUCUCAUGAAAAUAGAUAUGAUAAUGCUUCUGGUGGCUCCAGCGGUGGAUUCUUUGGUGGUAGCGGUGGUGGUCGUAACGAAGGUGGAUACGGUGGCGGUCGUAAUGACGGCGGAUACGGUGGUGGAUAUGGCGGUGGUCGUAAUGAAGGUGGUGGAAACUUUGGCUAUGGUGGUGGUCGUGACGAAGGAUACGGCGGUGGACGUAACGAAGGUGGAUUUGGUGGUGGAUUUGGAGGUGGUCGUGAAGAGGGUCGUCAUCAUGGUGGUCAUGGUGGUCCAGGUGGUCACGGAGGUCCAGGUGGAUUCGGUGGAGGCCAAGGUGGAUACGGUGGAGGCCAAGGCGGUUAUGGAGACAGAAUGGAAGAAGGUCGUGGAGGUAGAGGUGGUUGGUAA